AAGAAAAACGGAGAAGCCUACUCUACCGGGAACGAUCAGUCAGCUCAAACCGCCCGCCGUGGACGUUACUUAAUAGCAGCAAACGAAAAAUGUCUACAGACGCGUGAAAUACUACAAUCCCCUUCUGAGCUGGGCCUUCGGAACGGCUGAGGAUGUGGUCCACCGUGCAAGCAUCCCCGCCCCACUGGUGCACAAGUUCGACCACCCGCUUCAGCUGAUCGACCAAACCCUGGUCAAGGGCAUCGGCAAAGUCCAAGGUCCUCGGCACGGUCAAACACCGAGAAGAUGUGCGAACUGCGACAGGCCUCCCAGCAGAAGGCCGUCUCCUUGAAAGAGUUCUCCCGGAAGAAAGCCAACGAAGUACUGGCCUUCCAGUACGGAAGCAUCGCCGUGAAUGGCGUGGACACAACCGCUCAGCUGGCCGAGCGUCUACUGGACUACUACUUCCCGAAGUGCGAAGGUGACGAUGAAGAUGAUAACGCUAUCAUCUCGGUUAAGGAAGAUCCAGCCCUGCACACCGUAGGACGCCUCUCCAAUAAAGUUACCCGCUGCGUCUACCGCACCGUGUUCAAGUAGGUGAAAUCCCUCCACAAGGAAGAUGUCAAGGAGUACGUCGUCACGUUGAUUGCUGUCCUCCGCCUGACCCAGUACCUCAGCUUCCUGAACGACAAACGGCAACAGCAGGCCGUGGAAGAUAGUUCGCCCUGCUAGCACCAGCAACAGCACCGCUCCUGCCCCCUCUUUA